AUGGAAGACAUAGACGAUUUCCUCGACUUGCUGGACAAAGAUACGAGAGAAGCGGCGCAGAGGAUUAUUGCUUCGCUGAAAAAUGAUCGACAACAAGCGCAAAAGGCGAGGCUUGAAGCUAGAAUGGCGACGACACAGAUCAACCAAGAAAUCCACGAGCUCGCGGUUCAGCGAUGGAAGAAUCUCCCCGUCGCAGUCCAGCGCGAGCACGAUAUCCUCGCAAUGGACAUCGCCGAGCUCGAGUGGCACCUUCGAAUGGAAAAGGGCGAGCUCCGACGCGCGCAGAACAACCUCGACUACGCAAAGACGAUCAAUUCGCGAAUCAAGGCGGACAUCGAGUUCAACCAAAAACACAUGCCUCUGGUCGAGGAAAAGCUGCGCAUCGAAGAAUCCUUCAUUCAAGACAUCAAAGCCUAUCAAGUCGAAACUGACGUGAAUCUCGCCCGCGCUCGCGAGAAACUCCAAGCAGCGGAGCUCGAGUUCGACCGGAAAAGCAAGCCGCUCAAGGACGAGCUCCGAAUCAACCGGGCAAACUUGGAAGUGGCUGAAAACGACCUCGAAGUCCUCCGCGCCGAGCAAAAACGAAAGGAAGCUGCUCAUCGGGACUUAACCUCAAAAAUCGACAUUUUAAAAGGGAAGAUCGCGAAUCAAGACAGCGAAAUCGAGCAGCUCAAGAAGGAAGAAGAAAUCCUUCAGGCAAAGGAAAAGGUUGAACAAGGGAAAAUCGAGGAGUGCCGCGUCCGGAUCAGAAAACUCGACCAAGAAACGUACAAUUUGGAUUUUGAGCGAGAAGCGAUCGAAAACGCCAUGGAUCGACGAAAACAAGAAGCAGACGCGGAAAUUCUCGAGCUCACUGGAAACCACGACUUUCUCGUUUCCGAAAUCGCGCGGCUGGAGCAAGACCGCGACGUCGUCAAAAUGCACAACGAGGGAGUGCGCAUGAAGCUGAAGACGAUGGAGAAGCAAAAAAGCAAAAUGGAAAAAGACGUCGAGCGAAUUCGUAAAAACACGAGAGACGCGGAAAAGGAACACAAAACAUUGGCGUCGAAGGCGAAAACGCUGACAGCUAAUAAUAACGAACUGGCAACGCAAAUUGAGAGAAAAGAAAGAGCAGCCAUCGGUGCAGAAGAUAAUCUUGUCACGAUGAUUGAUCAGACCAGAAGCGCCAUAGAAGAAGCAAACAGAAACAAAGCUGAAACUGAAGCGAAAAUAAGAACUGAUACAGAAGAAUUCAUCCGACUUACCGAUAUAUUACAACAGACAAAAACAGACUCAGAAGCUUAUCAAAAAUCAUUACGCGAAGACAUAACUCAGAAAACAAAAGAAUACGGCGACAUUGAAGAGCAACGCCUUCAUACAGUAGCACUGUACGAAGAAACGGCGGCAGAAGUGGUCGACAAAGCAGCGGAAUUCAAAGAAAUCAUCGAAGGCCUCACCGCCGAGCUCGCUAAAAUUCCAAUUCAAUACAACGAGGAGGAAAAGGUCUGCAUCGAUCUCGACACGAAGCUUGAAAAACUGAAGAAGCACGAGGAAGAGCUGAUUCAGCGGGUCGCCGAGCUGAAGGAGGAACAAAUCGACUUGAAAAAGAAACGCGAGAAGGUUCUAGCGAACAUCGAGUCGCUGAAAGAAGACUUCAAAGUAGUGGAAUCGCACUUCGGCCUUCAAAAGCGUCGCUCGACGAAAUGGAAGUGCGCUUAG